CCGGCGGACCACAUUGUCCCAGAAAACCGACCAUCAAAAUAAAAUCUACUUUGGUUAAACUCAAAUUCCCAAACAAUAACUGCCAAUUCACAACAUUAACCAUCAUCAGUGUCACCUUCACUAAACCAACUCCACAACACAGCCAACAACAAUGUCAAGAAAAUUCCUAUCAUCACUACUUCGAACUUCCACAUCCCACUCCACCACUUCACAAUGCCACGCCCAAACCCUCCUCCAAUCUCUACUCCCUAACGUCAUUCUCGAAACAGACCUCUUAUUAUCCUACACAAAACUCGGCCUAAUCAACCACGCUCGCAAACUGUUCGACAGAAUGCCACAGAGAAACAUGCAUUCUUGGAACAUCAUGAUUGCUUCUUACACUCAAAGUUUGAUGUAUUUCGAUGCCUUAACUGUUUUUGAAGAAUUUAAACGAUGCGGGUCGUUGCCUGAUCGUUACACCUUGCCUCCUUUGUUUAAGAUUUCUAUUGGAAUAGGUGAUAGUUGGUUUGGAUGGAUGUGUCAUUGUUUGGUUAUAAAGCUUGGGUAUGGGGAAGUUGUUGUUGUGAAUAACUCUGUCCUUGAGUUUUAUGUCAAAUGUGGUACCAUGUCUCAGGCAUUAUCUGUGUUCAACAAUCAUAAUGCUUCUCGGGAUUCAGUCACAUGGAAUUUGAUUAUUUCUGGGUUUGGAAAGGCUGGCUUGUAUUCUGAUGCUGUCCAUUGUUUCCGAGAAAUGUUGAAGCAUCAAAAUGGGAUUGAGUUGGAUUACAUGACACUCCCUAGCAUUUUGAGUGUUUGUGGGAAGGAAGGGGAUUUGUUGAAAGUGAAGGAAGUGCAUGGCUUUAGUGUUAGGAACUUUGGUUUUGAUGCUCAUGCUCCCAUUGCGAAUGCAUUAAUCGAUAAUUAUGGAAAAUGUGGUAGCUUGAAAGAUUCAGAAAAUAUCUUCAAGACUGUGAGCUGUGCAAAUUUGGUGACAUGGACGGCUAUGAUAUCCUGUUAUGGGAUGCAUGGAAAGGGGGAGGAAUCAGUUUUUCUGUUUGAGAAGAUGAUAAAUGAGGGGUUUAGACCAAAUGCUGUUACUCUCACAGCUAUUUUAUCUAGUUGUAGCCACUCGGGUUUGUUGGAUCAAGGCAAGAAGAUUUUCGACUCAAUGAUUUCAGAUUAUGGAUUUGAGCCCACUGCUGAGCAUUAUGCCUGUAUGGUGGAUCUUUUUAGCCGAUGUGGGUGUCUUGAGGAAGCGCUUCAGUUGUUGGAAAGAAUGAAUCCCUUGUCAGUGACAGGAAGCAUGUGGGGUGCUCUUCUUGCUGGUUGUGCUAUGCACAAGAAUGUCGAAAUUGGAGAAAUUGCAGCACAUCGUCUCUUUCAAUUAGAGCCAAAUAAUACCAGCAACUAUGUAGCUUUGUGUGGAAUUUAUCAGUCUCGUGGUAUGAUUCGUGAUGUUUCAACUGUUAAAGCAAAGAUGAAGGGCUUAGGUUUGGUUAAAACUCCUGGCUGUAGCUGGAUAAAUAUUGCAGGAAGAGAACAUAAAUUUUACCAAGGAGACCUUUCUCAUCCACUUUCUCAUAUGGUUUUCCAGUUACUAUAUGAAAUUAACAAUACUCAGUUAUCGACCAAUGAUUUGGGAGUAGGAUAUUUGCUCCACAAUGAUGAUACCUUUGUCGUGGCUUUGUAAAACACUGCAGCCAGGUUUAUCUGAGCAGAAUCAGGAAGGGAUCGGCAUUAAAGUAAUGUGUUUGCUAAAUGUUAUGGUUUUAAGUUAUGAUUCUUUUGGGUUACGAAUGUCGGCCAAUAUUAUGCACAAAGCUUUAUGUCUGACAUAAUCUUUUGUGGAGUAUGCUUAAUGGUGUCAGCAUCUAUCAGUUCUACCAUCUCAAAGCCCAUAACUGAUUUCAGCUGAAAUGGCCAUUGCUUAGUGACUUCGGAUGCUUUGUUUCUGGCCAGCCAGAUCGAAACCAGAGGGUGCUAGUGGACAGGAUCCGAACAUAUACGACGGUUAUCUGGGGUAUGCACUUUACUGGCAGCUUCAGUGAACAAUGCCUACUAGCUGCUGCUUGUCCACGACUGUUUUAUCCGUUCUUUUGGGCUCCUCCCUCAUAUACUGGAAGUCAAAAAAGCAAACUAGAGUAUCCUUCCUUGCUGACACUUUAUGUGAAAUCGAGUGCUUUUCAGAUUAUAAGUGGAUCUCGAGCCUCUGCUGUAACAAGAGAUCUGUAAUUUAAGUUUUCCAAGAUCAAAGUUUUCAUAAGCACACCAAACAUAAUCAAUUCGAUUGUCACUUGGUUUGUGAAAACUGCACUUUAGGUCAUUCAUCUUCUUCAGCUCAACUUAGCUAAUUUACAUACUAAAGCACUUAGCCCUGUUGUUUUUAUAGCCUUUGUUAUCUGAGCUGACGCUUCCUGUUGCAGGGUUGAUUUAUACUUAUUUUUCUAUUCAGAAGUUGGUUAAUGACAAAGCAUAAGGCUGACGUGGCAGAAUGAUGUGGAAUAGUUAGUUACAUGAUAUUUUCAGUUAGGUUUCUGUUAGGUUCAUAACUACCUAUAUAAACCAUAAUGUAACUAACUUGAUUCAUAGAGAAAUCCAUAAUCCUUUUCUUCAUCUUCAAGCUUUUCUCUUUCACUGCUUCUCACUCCAACAAUGGAGUUUUGCACCAUUCUUACAGUAGUUUCAACUGCUUAGAUGGUAUCAGAGCAGGUUGAUCCUGCUCUGUGUUCGCUGCGAUUCAUAGCUAUCUCUUGUUCAUAGUGAUCAUCGCUUUCUUGAAGCAAUCACUGUGUUUUUGUUCUUCUUUUAUUCUCUCAGUUUCUCUGCAUCUUGCAAUUCUUGAUCGAUGACGAGGAACAACAAUAACAAUCAAAAUCAGAAUCAUCUCGAUCCAUAUUAUGUGCAUCCUUCAGAAAAUCCUUUGCAAAGAUGCAACAAUUUGGUUCAUACGUGGAUUAUCAACUCGAUAACACCAUCCAUUGCUCAGAGUGUGGUGUUCAUCGACAAUGCUGUAGAUAUGUGGAAUGAUCUCAAAGAUCGCUUCAUGAGAGGAGAUCGAAUUCGUGUAGCGCAAUUACAUCAAGAAAUAACAAAUCUGAAACAAGGUAACAAAAAGAUUUCAGAUUAUUUCACUGAGUUGAGAAGUUUAUGGGAGGAAUUGGAUCAGUAUCGACCUAUGCCAAGUUGUACAUGUCGUGUUGCAUGUGCAUGUCAAGCAAUGCGAAAUAGCAGAAGUUUUAGGGCUGAGGAUCGGAUUAUUCAAUUCUUGAUAGGAUUGAAUGAAGAGUUCCAUGGUGUGGUAUCCCAAGUCUUGUUGAUGGAUCCAUUACCACAAAUCAAUAGAGUGUUUUCAAUGGUAAUGCAACAAGAACGAAAGAUAUGUGGCUUGACUUUCUCUAACAAUAGUGUUGCAGAGGAAGCACCAGGGAUGGUGAAUGCUGUUGAAAGCUCAAAACAAUUUGCAAGAGGUCGAGGUAAUGGUAAUCCCUCUGCAGGGAGAGGAAGAGGAAAUGUGAAGGUGUGUACACAUUGUGGUAAGACAGGACAUGUUGUUGAUAACUGCUACAGAAAACAUGGUUAUCCACCAAACUUUGGAAGAGGAAGUGCAUCUUCAUCAUAUGCGAAUCAAGUUGAUGUUGAAGACUCAGAUUCAAAAUCUGCUACAGCUUCAACAAGUGAUAAUGGAGGGAGUAUGACACUCACAAAGGAGCAGUAUCAGAAUUUGAUGACCUUGCUUGAGAAGAGCACAGGAUCUGUGAAUUUAACCAAGGGAGGUAAUUCUGAAUCUUUCAUUGCUAGUUUUAAAACAAAGAGUAGUGUUAGUUGGAUAUUGGACA